AUGGAAUAUCCGUCACUGUUUCCUGAUAUUUCUCCAAUCGAAGAACUCUUGGACAUUUAUUUCUCCCAAGAUGAGCAGAGUAAUCUCAGUUGCAUUCAGAACCACCAACUGGAAGAGACUACAGGAGAGAGAGGUGACAUGGAGUCCGUUCCCGAUGAGUCGCAGCCUCACCUAAGUAGCGAGGUCUACUCCUCUUCCACCAGCCCACAAAGACAAGCAGAAGUGCAAAAAUCCAUCGAAAACAUCACAGAAGAGGAUUUAGCGAAUUUACCGAUUCGGGAAUUAAACAAACGCUUGCGAAAUCUGCGCAGUGAUGAGGCGCAGAAGAUCAGAAAACGGCGGAGAAGCUUGAAGAACCGUGAUUACGCUACAAGCGCUCGGCGGAAGCGUACUGCGAUAAAAAUGAGCCUCACAACGCAGAACCAACGCUUGUCAGCUCAGUUACGUGAGACCAGGGAAAUUCUCAGCGAAACAGUGAAAGAGAGAGACUCUUACAAGAACAAAUACGAAAACUUGAAGAAAGUUUAUGCAGCACCAUCUACAACUUCGCCUAUGAUGCAAUCACGAAACACUAACAGUUUGUCGUAG